AUCAAAAAAUACAAAAAAAAAAGUUUAUUUUUUUUCUCACAUAUUUUUACCUUCAGUAGGAUUUCUGUGAUCAGUAGUGCAGAAAAACGGAAGAAAUUCCCAAAGAAAUGCCGAGAAACAGACAAAAUUAGGCACAAACUGUCGGAAAAGCACAAAAAGAGGAAAAUUACUGCGUUAACUCGAGUGAAAAUACGAAAAAUUUGCAUACACAAAAAAAAAAUCUGAAAACAUAUUGAGCGUGAAAUAUUCUGUGUACAAACAAAAAAAAAUUCUAAGGCUUUGAGCCUUGUACAAAAAAAAAAUUAAUAGUGAAAAAUUUUUUAAAAUAUUUUUGUGACCUGAAGUGCAGUGAACGGCCUCAAAAUUGAGUCGAAUAUUUUUCAAAAGUUAAAUAUGAUGUCAGUAUCGGCAGAUACUGACAACAAGGACAAACUCAUUGCCAAUGUCAAGAAAGAGGUGAAACAGUUGAUGGAGGAAGCGGUAACGAAAAAGUACGUUCACGAGGAAUCGGGUUCGGUGACGUCGUUGUGUGCCGCAGUUGAAGCAUGUUUGAGUCACGGAUUGAAACGACGAACGCUCGGGCUGUUCAAGACGAGUUCGACUACCGCGCUCCUCCAUAAAAUUGCCAAACAUUGCCCGGAGGCGGAUUUUAUCAGUGUGAAGGUGUUGGAAAUUGAGCACAAUGAUCCGAACAAGAGGAGUUCGUCGAGCAGCGAAAGUCUCACAAAGCCGCCAAUUUUGAAGAAAAACAGCAGUACAGGAAGCGUUGGGAACAGCGAUGCACCAACGACGCCGACACCGAAAUUCCUCUGGAUCCGCUUGGCUCUUUUCGAGAAACGCCUUUCCCGCAUAAUUGAUCACUUGGUUUCAAAUGCCCUUCAAUACUACGACAACAAUGCUCUCGUUGCGGAUUCGGAUUGUGGCUCCAUUUUGAGUUCGUUGCUCGUUGGUCCGUGCGCUUUGGAUUUUACGCGCGCCAAGACUCCCGAUCACUUUUGGACUGAUCCGCCAGCUGAUGAAUUGAUUCAACGAAGCAGAAUUGGAUCGAAUCAUCCUACAACAUCCGCACGCCCAAUGCUGAAUUACAAACGUAGUUUACACACGAGUUCCGAUGAUAGCAGCAUGAGUUCGUUCAAAGUUGGGUCGCCCGCAUCAGCUGCCAUCAGUUAUGUCGAGUCUUUGCAUCAGAAUGCGCGUGCUACGUUGUUGUACGGGAAAAAUAAUGUGCUUGUGUUGCCGAAAGACGUCGAUGAACCAAUGCCGGGUUACCUGAGCUUGCAUCAAAAUGCCCAAUCGCUGAUCAUCAAAUGGACCCCGAAUCAGCUAAUGAACGGUUUCAGUGAGUCCGAAAAUGUCGCAGACAAAUCCUCGUACUGGACAUAUGCACUCAACAUAAAUGUCGAUGAAAUUGUAUACGUACAUUGCCAUCAAGCGCGUGGCACAGAUACGGGCGGAACGAUAAUCUUAGUUGGUCAAGAUGGCGUUCAACGCCCACCAAUUCACUUUCCCGAAGGCGGGCACAUGGCGCAAUUUUUGGGAUGUCUCGAAACGGGUCUUUUGCCGCAUGGGCAACUCGAUCCGCCGCUCUGGACUCAACGAGGCAUCGGGAGAAUUUUUCCGUGGCCCAUGAAGUCGCGUCGUCGACCCUUGCCGUCCCUCAUGGAGGCAAAUAACGACGAGAUGCCCAUCGAUUAUGUGUUCCGGGUGAUCAACAAGGCGACAACUGACGAACUUUGCACGAAUUUGGAGUCGAUACAGUCGGAAUCGUAUCACGAUAAGUUGCUGCAUUUGUUGGUGAAGACACAUUCCAUCUUCGAAAUGGGACGAACGAGUCCGAGAUCGAGACCGCAAUUGAGUAGCUCGUCGACUAAUGAAAGUAGCGAUUAUUCGAGCAAAAGCAUGUCGUUGGAUAUGAAUUCACUUGAUUCGCCAAAUAUAAUUCCAACGAAACAACAACAAAUCGAGAACAAAACCAAAAGCAUCGAGCUCGUUUGCACCUCCAUGAAGAAGCAAAUAAUGUCACGCGCCUUCUACGGUUGGCUCGCCUAUUGUCGCCAUCUCAAAACCGUUCGCACGCAUUUGUGGGAGCUCGUGCAUCGCGAAAUCGCUUCCGAAAUUGGCGCCGAAGAAGGCCUCACGAAAGAACGAUGGCAAGAACUUCACGACGCGAACGGCGUCAUAACCGACGAUCAAGAAUUCUAUCGUCUCGUUUAUCACGGAGGCGUUGCUGACACCAUCCGCAAAGAGGUAUGGCCUUACUUACUGGGUCACUACACGUUUGGCUUGACGCCCGACGAACGCAUCGACCUCGAUGAACGAACACGUCUCGACUACGAGACAAAAAUGAGCGAAUGGCUCGCGGUCGAAGCAAUUGUGCGGCAACGCGACAAAGAAAAAACCGCACAUGCUGUCGCCAAAUUGAGCUCCUCCGGCGGAAGCGGCGACAAAAACACAUCGAAAGGCGUCGAUUUGGAUGCCGAUAUCGACAACGAUGUCUUCGAGGAAAACGGGUUUUCGGAUUUGUCGGAUCCGGAAGUGGAUGACGACGAGUCGACGGAGAAAGAUCGAUCGUCGCGCAAAAAUAGCAGCAAAAAGAAUUCGGGACCAUUCCCGCUUGUCGUCGAGGAUAAAGCGGAAGAUGUCACAAAAUCGCCGCAAUCGAAUAGCAGUCGACACGUAACGAGUCCCGAUUCGCCAAAUACGUCGUCGUACGAAACAGUCGGCGAAUUGCCGGAUCUUUUGACUCCCGUGCAAGAACAAAUCAAAGAACUGAAAGACUCGCAUCAAGUAAUUGUCACAGAUGCAUCGAUCGAUGUCGUUAGUACGUCACCCGAAUUGAGAAAUGGCGACGAUGGCAUGAAUCACAUGGAUCCCAUUGGCGAGGAAUGUAACGCGACACAAACACUCGAACCUGAGCCAAAAUCAACGUGUGUUUCGCCUGCCAGCUCUAAUGGAGGAAUUUACUCCAGCGACUUACUUGAAAACUUUGGACUCAACUUGCAUCGCAUAGAAAAGGACGUUCAACGAUGCGAUCGAAAUUAUUGGUAUUUUGCCAAUGAAAAUCUCGAUAAACUUCGCAACAUUAUUUGCACUUACGUAUGGAAAAACUUGGAUAUCGGAUAUAUGCAAGGCAUGUGUGACUUGGCAGCACCAUUACUUGUGAUAUUUGACGACGAGGCAUUAAGUUACGGGUGUUUUUGUCGUUUUAUGGAACGCAUGAUUGAAAAUUUCCCCAACGGUUGUGCCAUGGACAUGCAUUUCUCGAAUAUGCGAUCUCUCAUCCAAAUUCUCGACUCGGAGAUGUACGAACUCAUGCAGGCGCAUGGCGACUACACACACUUUUACUUCUGCUACCGAUGGUUUCUGCUAGACUUCAAACGAGAACUCGUGUACAAUGACGUAUUUGCCGUGUGGGAGACCAUUUGGGCUGCCAAACACAUUGCUUCAAGUCAUUUUGUGCUAUUUUUGGCGCUGGCACUUCUCGAAACAUACAGGGACAUAAUUUUAUCGAAUGGCAUGGACUUUACGGAUAUAAUCAAGUUUUUUAAUGAAAUGGCUGAACGGCAUGACGCCCAAGCUGUACUGAAAUUAUCACGUAGCUUAGUUCAUCAAUUACAGACUAUCAUUGAGAAUAAGUAAAUUAUGGAUCUUCCACUCAUACUUACAC